AUGGAGGUUAUCGAGCUAUUGGUCCAGGCCCUCAACCUUGGCAUUACUCCACUUAUCCCUCUUCGAGGUAGUAUUUCGGCCUCUGGGGAUCUAUCACCACUUGCCUAUCUUGGUGGAUUGAUUGAGGGAAGUCCUGACAUCUUCGUGCAGGUGGGACGGGAAUGUCAUAGCAAUGGAAAAACAACAAUAGAGAUUGAGCUGAUGUCAGCUGCGAAUGCGCUGCGUCGAGCCAACAUCACACCUCUAACUUUGAGGGCAAAGGAAGGCCUCGGCAUCAUGAACGGAACUGCACCAAGUGCUGCGGCUGCUGCGCUCACAUUGUAUGAUGUCAACAACCUCACUGUUCUGACCCAGGUCCUCACCGCAAUGUCAACCGAGGCACUUCUCGGAUCAGUGGACAAUUAUGACGAGUUCAUCUCACAGUGUCGGCCACACCCGGGGCAGAGAGAAGUGGCCCGCAAUAUCCGUGGGUUCUUAGCUGGAACUAUGUUAGCCGAGAGGACACAUGUUCAUAGGCAAGGUCUCGCCCAAGAUCGAUACGCCUUGCGUACUGCGCCGCAGUGGCUUGGGCCUGUGACCGAAGAUCUCUUACUGGCCAAUCGGCAGAUUACCAUUGAGUUAAAUUCAUCGACCGAUAACCCACUGAUCGAUGUAGCGGGAGAUCGAUUUCAUCAUGGUGGAAAUUUCCAAGCUGCAUCUAUCACGAGCGCCAUGGAAAAGGCUAAAACAGCACUGGUGAUGCUUGGCAGGCUUCUUGUAUCACAGUGUCAGGAGAUCAUCAAUCCCAGCCUCAACAAGGGAUUAGCGCCGAAUCUCUGCUUCGAUGACCCCAGUAUCUCGUUUACAUGCAAGGGUAUCGACGUAAAUAUGUCGGCUUACUUCUCGGAACUGGCAUUUUUGAGCAAUUCCGUUGUAAGUCAUGUGCAUGUUGCGGAUAUGAACAACCAAUCAGUCAACUCGCUAGCUCUGAUCGCAUGUCGAUAUGUUAAGGAAGGUGUCGAUAUUGUGACCAUGAUGUGUGCAGCUCAUCUAUACGUUCUCUGCCAAGCCCUCGAUCUACGAGCUAUGACACUGGACUUCUUAGCUACUGCAAAGGUAUCUCUCCGUGACCUCUACCAAGAACUAUGGCGUGCUGGGGAAAUACCCCCUUUUGAUACGCUGUGGGUUGCCAUCACUAAAUCAUGGGAUGCGCAUAAUGACUCGGACGAGAUUGAAACGCGGUGCGAGAAAGUUGCAGCAGACUCAGCCCAUUGUGCCGCCGAUCAGAUAACAAUUUCCGAGUCAUCUUUACCUUUCGAUCGGAUAAAACUAUUUCCGAGAUGGAGGGCUGGCGUUGCAUCUAUUUUGAAGAAGGCGCACGGGGAAACUCGUCAUCAGUUCCUCAUUGAAAAAUCGACUCCUCGCUAUUUGGCCACCUCGACGAAGGAAAUCUAUAUUUGGGUACGGCAAACCCUGCAUGUUCCUCUACACCAAGGACUCGUGGACCACCCCGGAGAUACCGGGGAUGCAAAGGACAAUAAGACCAUUGGAACAAGACUUUCACUGAUCUAUACCGCCAUUCGGGGUGGAAGAUUGAGGGAACCACUGCAGAAGGCAACCGGAAUGGCAUUGUAG